UCCCGUGUAUUCUUAGCGAGAAAGAUGCGGUACCUCGACAAACACACGAGAUAUUUCCACUGAUUUUAUUUUUAUUUUUUUGUGUUGGGAUGCACAUGGAAAUGGAAAGUUAUUAUUUUCUAAUGACUUGGUCAGCAAGUACGGAGUGGUGUGUGGAAACUGUACGCCAGUGGGAAUGAGACCUGCCCUGCAUCGACAGCGUUAUUACUUGGAGAGAAGUCGCCGGACUGGGAGUGCCAGGAGUAGUCCCGUGUGCUCAGACGGUCUGUCACCUCGCCAGUCUGCCAGGCUUGCCCGGUUGGAGCCACAUUGGAGCGCUAUUUUCAUGUAAUUCAUGCCUGUUCGUUUGCUUAUUUGUCCGCAUCGUCGGCAAGGGGAUAGGUAAAGAACACGGCUCCUUGUUUCAGGAAAGAAUCUACAUAUUUUCCUACCGAGGGCUUUUGGUUUCUUUUCCAUGGAUUGAAAGGGAGGUAUCCAUGUACGAAAAUUCCGCUGAGAGAAUGUAACGGAGACUCGUCUUGGAUGUUGGAACACAAAUAAGGCGGAGACCUUUGAGCGGUUGUUUUUGGACAAAGUUCAAGGUUAAUGCAUCGUUUUGUCAGGCUGCGUUUUUUAGGAGUUCCGUUGCUCCGGGAUAAAUGCGAAUUCGUAUUUUCCUUGGCUUGCCGUCGGAAUACAUGCUUUUGAUGAAAAAAAUUCUGCUGUGGUCAAGCGAGUACACUGGAUGUGUUUGAAAUGGACGAGUGUGAUGUAAAAGUCAUAAUAUGAGCCGUUGCUUAUAUGCGUUGUGGAUACAGACAAGGACAUCGCAUCAGUGCCUGAUAGGUAAACAGUGGAUCUCUAUUCUCACACAGAUAACAGAAUUCAAUGACUGAGUCCUUGUCUCGUGAAUAGAGGCUGGCCACAGUUAAUUCUUUCUGUCCGUAUUAUAUAGUCCUGUCUGUGUUUGGCGAAGCUCAGAAAAUCUGCUUUUUGUCUGGAUGUCUAUCUGUAUAACUCGGCUGAGAGUUCCUAGCUGGCGCCGCUUUAAAAACCUCAUUGCCGCCUCGGGAUAGGCUUCAUCCAGGGCACUGUCGAAUUCUUCAUUGUGAGAGAAGAGAGGGGCAAAGUUGGGCGCUGCACACCCGCCAUCUCCUCAUCGACCCGACGGUUCUUGCGAUGAAAGGAUCUGGGGGAGUCAAAUCAAGGAGCCCGGCUAUGGAGGCCAUCCUCGUCGGCCUGGUGCUACUGGUCGGAGCGGUGUCGUCCAUGUUGUGCCCCAAGCGCUGCACCUGCCAGAACCUUCUCCCCUCCUACACCGUCCUCUGCGCCAAGACGGGCCUACUCUUCAUCCCGCCCAACAUCGACCGCCAGACGGCCGAGCUCCGUCUGAUGGACAACUUCAUCACCACCCUCCGGCACCGGGACUUUGCCAACAUGUCCAGCCUCAUCCACCUCACCCUGUCGCGCAACACCAUCAGCCAGAUCCAGCCCUACGCCUUCGCUGACCUACAGGACCUCCACGCCCUGCACCUGGACAGCAACCGCCUGACCGUCCUCGACGACACUCACUUCCAGGGCCUGGUCAACCUGCGGCACCUCAUCCUGGCCAACAACCAGCUGCAGCGAAUCGCAGAAGGGGCCUUCCAGGAUUUCCUGGAGACCUUGGAGGACCUGGACCUCUCCUACAACAACCUGGUGGACAUCCCCUGGGAGACCGUGGGCCUGCUGGUCAGCGUCAACACCCUCAGUCUGGACCACAACCUCAUCGAAUUUGUCCCCGAGGGCAUCUUUUCCAACCUCCACAAGCUGGCCCGCCUGGACAUGACCUCCAACAAGCUGAAGAAGAUCCCUCCCGACCCGCUGUUCCUUCGCAUCCCCGUCUACGCCAAGAUGAAGGGCUCGCCGCUCACAGCCCUGGUGCUGAGUUUCGGCGGGAACCCGCUGCACUGCAACUGCGAGCUGGUGUGGCUCCGGCGGCUGACCCGCGAGGACGACCUGGAGACCUGCGCCUCGCCCCGAGAGCUGGCGGGCAAGUACUUCUGGACCAUCCGGGAGGAGGAAUUCGUCUGCGAGCCCCCCAUGAUCACCCGGCACACCUCCAAGAUGUUCGUGAUGGCGGGCCAGGAGGUCAGCCUGCGCUGCAAGUCGGUGGGGGACCCUGAGCCGUCCACCCACUGGGUGAACCCCGAGGGCAAGCUGAUCGGGAACACCUCGCGCACCCUCUGCUACGAGAACGGCUCCCUGGACAUCCUGGCCACCACCGUCAAGGACUCGGGCGUGUUCUUCUGCAUCGCCUCCAACGCUGCCGGGGAGGCCACGGCCCCCGUGGAGCUGGUGGUCAACCCCUCGCCUCACUACGACCCCAAUCCGGAGCCGGAGCCGGGGCCCUCCGACAUACCCACCUCCAUCAAGUCCAACGCCAGCGGGGGCCACUCCCGGCCCGACCAGCAGAGGGUCAGCGUGUCGGAGCUCACCUCCUCCUCGGCCACCAUUCACUGGCCGCCCCAAAACCACAUCCCCGGGGUGCGCAUGUACCAGAUACAGUACAACAGCUCGUCGGAUGAGAUCCUCAUCUACAGGAUGAUCCCAGCCUCUCAUAAGUUCUUCGUGCUCAGUGACCUGGCGUCGUCGCGGGACUAUGACCUGUGUGUGCUGGCGGUGUAUGACGAUGGCGUGACAGCGCUGACGGCCACGCGUCUGGUGGGCUGCGUGGCGUUCUCCACGGACCGCGAGUACCGCCAGUGCCGCUCCAUCCACGACCAGUUCCUGGGCGGCACCAUGAUCAUCAUCAUCGGCGGCAUCAUCGUGGCGUCCGUCCUGGUCUUCAUCUUCAUCCUCCUCAUGAAGUACAAGCUGCACAACAACCACUACAAGCAGAAGGCGGCUCGCGUCAGCAACAUGUGCUCCCAGACCAACGGGAGCCAGCCCGGCGGGCCCCAGCAGAACCCCGGCCCGCCCCCUUCCUCCGCCGGCCUGGCCGGCAAGGCCCUCCAGCCACCGGGGGGCGACAGAGCGCCGCACGAGCAGGCCCAGGAGGGCUACGGGAACCCGCUCAAAGGCACCACCGUGGUGGACUUGAACCCCGAGUACGGCAAGACGGCGGCGGACGAGGAUGCCAUUUCGCAAUAACACAGGGACCGUCUCGCAGUUUCCUGGAGCUCAGGUCCCUCUGCCUUACCGAGGAUUAUCUGCUGUCCCAGACACACGUAACCCCACCUACUUCACAGCAAUGACGGGGAGUGAAAAUGAAGUGGUGCAGUCCUUGAUUCAAUAGUAGGGACCUGAAGAGACUAAUUGAAUUGCAUUCAUAUCAAAAGCACUGGAAUUAAAAUCAUGGAAUUUCAAUCCGUAUGCAAUUCCAUUCAGGAACCUUGGAAUAUAACACGUCUCAAAGGAAGGAACGGGAUACCUACCGUACGCAAACCAAAAACGACCGCCAUCAGGAGACCGAUAUGGGUUUUUUGGACUCACGAUGGAACUGCGGUCCAAAGAAAUCCAGUUUCUCGGAAAAGCCUGUGCAGCACACUUUGUUUUCUAUAGCCGACAUUUGCGUCAAACUGGAUGGUUUUGCGGUAUGGUUUUUUCGUGUUGGUCACAUACCAGCUGAUUUCUACAGUGCGGAAGAUCCGUUGGUUUGUCUAAUCUUGGAAGACCCAGGGAACACAAAGACAUCGAAUGGAAUCGUGAGGCACCCGUGUUAUUGUAUAGCGUGAACUCUAGGGCACUUAAUCUCCACUUCUGUCUUUCUCUCCUCGGAUAACUAAAUAUGCUAUGCUCACAAAAUAUUGUGAUGAGAAAAAAAAAAAAAAAUACAUAGGCCUAUUUCGAUUUGGAACACUGGAUUAUUUUACAUUGGAUUUACAAAUGUGGCGUUUGUCUGAAAAUGUGUCUUCAAUGUGACUUUAAAAUAAAUAACCGACCAGAAAUUUGUUUGGUGAAAUGACUCGAAACGUCGUCAGUCUGGCACGAAUGGUUGUCCUUUGCAUUUCAGGAAUGCACACUCCACCGAGGAUACGUUGUACACUGACGGCUACAUAGCCGAUAUGAAAGGAUACUGUUUUUUUCUUCAGCUGAACGUGUAAGUAUUUGUAUGUGAGAUCCCCUCCGUCAUUUCUGAUUUGAUACCCACAUUUCAGUUGAAUUACAAAACAACAAUCAUAAAAAAAACUAAAGAUUGAAUUUUAUGCUUUCAUAGUUACAAGAUGUGGAUUUAUAAAGAAAUAAAGUAUUUUUCUUCAAGACCUGUAA